UCACCAUUGUCUAGAUAUAUCAAAGAUUUUAGCAAUCACCUCUGGUCUAUUCACUACGCCCAUAGAAUCAUAUAUGGAAGCCUUACGCUUUGAAUACUUUGAAAUAGUAUUAGCCAUUUUAAGCUUUUGGUACAUAAGGAGACUUCGCUUCGACGAUGGUCUUCCAUGGAACUGGCCCCUGGUGGGAAUGAUGCCAUGGAUUUUAUCCAAGGUGAAUCGAGUUCACGACAUGUGCACCAAAAUCCUGAAUCAAGAAGGUGGCACUUUCCUACUCAAAGGCCCUUGGUUUACUAACAUGGACAUGUUAUUCACAGUCGAUCCGGCCAACGUGCGUUACGUGCUUAAUGAUGGCUAUGCCAAUUUCCAUAAAGGCCAUGAGUUCAAGGAGAUUUUCGAUGUGCUUGGAGAUGGAAUUGUGAAUGCUGAAUUUGAGUUGUGGAAGAUCCAGAGGAAGCAUUCUCAGUUCCUGUUUAGUCUUCCUCAAUUUAGGAAGUUCUUGAUGAGGAUCAGCACGGAAAAGGUCGAAAUUGGGCUCAUGACAGUCCUUGAUCAUGUUUCUCAACGAGGUCAAGUGGUGGACAUGCAAGAUUUGUUUCAAAGGCUUACCUUUGAUACAACUUGCAUGUUUGUCACAGGCUAUGACCCGGGCUGCCUCGACGUUAAACUCCAUGAAGUUCCGUUCUCAAAAGCCAUGGAUCAGACUGAAGAAGUUAUAUUCACGCGUCAUCUCAUGCCUCAGACAUUGUGGAAGCUGAUGAGAUGGCUAAACGUUGGAUCGGAGAAGAAAAUGAGCCAGGCAAAGAAAAUCAUCGACGAUGAACUAUAUACUUAUAUAAAGAGGAAACGAGAAGAAGUGAGCAGUAGAGGUGGCAAAUUGGACGAUGGUGCAGAAGGAAAUGGAGCUGAUCUCUUAACAUUGUACAUAACUGAAGAGGACAAGUCACUGGGAUUAGAAAACAACGACGAGUUCAUGAAAGAUAUCGUGCUGAACCACAUUCUUGCGGGAAGAGACACAACGAGCUCAGCUCUGACAUGGUUUCUUUGGCUUGUCAUUACGCAUCCACAAGUAGAAUCCAAAAUUCGAGCUGAACUCAAAGCAGUGACCCCACCAAACGAAGCUGAAAAAAGGAAAUUUUUCAGUGAUGAAGAGCUAGGGCAACUUCCUUAUUUGCAUGGUGCAAUUUCAGAAGCCUUAAGGCUGUACCCUCCAGUUCCAUUCCAGCACAAGGAACCUAUCAAAGCGGACGUUCUCCCCACAGGUCAUCGGGUUCACCCGAAACUGAGGGUGAUGUUCUCCUUGUAUGCAAUGGGAAGAAUGGCCACUGUGUGGGGAGAAGACUGCCUGGAAUUCAAACCAGAGAGAUGGAUUUCCAGAGACGGAAGCAUCAAGCAUGUACCUGCUUAUAAGUUUACAACGUUCAGUGCUGGGCCAAGAGCAUGCCUUGGAAAAAAAGUAGCUUAUACUCAAAUGAAAGCGGUGGCUGCUGCAUUGAUAUAUAAUUACAACUUUAAGAUGGUGGAAGGACACAAAGUGAUUCCUAAUCUUUCUAUGAUCCUGUUAAUGACACAUGGAUUGAAAGUUACGAUUACUGAUAGAUGGUCCUAACGUCCAUUAAGUGUAUGAAUUUACCUAUUGUCUGUUGCGUGGAUGUUGAAGAGAGUGUUCUAUGUGUGUACUGGAAAUAAUAUGUUGCCAUUUCAUGACUCCUCUGCGUUUGAAAAUAUUAUUGGUAUUUUCCUAAAAAGCUUGUUUAGCCGUAUCUGAAUUCAAAUAUUUCUGUCUCUUCGCGUUUCAUUGUUUUAAGAU